CGGAUCCAUUUUGUCCUCAACAAUGGAAGAUGAGAUGGCAAACGAGUGUAUGGACCUUUCCUUCCAGCUUAUGCCCUUCACCCAGCCAGAGCCCUCCUGAGUCUGUCGAUGAAGACCAACAUCACAACAUUUCGGGAGGGCACAUGCCCGGAGCCCAUUGAAUUGGGAGUGGACACUUUUCAGUGCCCAUUGUGCCAGACGGUAGGGCCAUACCACGCCCUAAUUCCCCAUUUACAAGGCCACCAGUGGUCAGUUGUUAAAUAUAGAGGUAAUGCUGCUAAUCCAUGCGUGAUAUCGCCAUCCUACCACAAAUGGGCACCUUGGAUUGGACCACGCACAAGGGCAAGCAACUUGUUAUUAAACACAGAAUACCAGAAGGGUCAAGGCAGCAAGCGGGCAAACCCUGCAGAUGAAGCCGAAAUGGAUAUAUCCGCGGACAGAUUGAUCAACGAAAAAACGAACUUGAAGGUUGACGCGGUACGAAACCUGGUCAAACAGUGUGGCCUUGAGUCAACGGGUUCCAAAAUGGAUCUUGUCAUCAGGUUGAAAGACCAGAUGAAAAGCUGCAGUGCUUUUGACAAGGUCUUUCAAAAAGUAUUGGGUGCAUCUGGCUAACACCAGUGAUGCAAAAGACUGCUUGAGGAAAAUUGCUUUGGUACCCGAACUUCAUGGCUGGGUGAAUUCUCAGACCCUGGCUGACAUUCAUAAAAUCUCAUCAGCAGACAUCACACUGGAUUCAUCUGGAAAGGCCAUAAUGGUGCAAUUGUUCAGGGAAAUGUGAGGCCAUGACAAUCAUUUCAUGGCUAAAGUCCUGCAGAGCCUCAUGGAGUGUAAAGGGUCGUCAUCCGCUUCAGGAGCAGCUGGUAAACAGAUCAAUUAUGUCCUUGAUGUUACAAGACCUGGAAAUGAGCUCAUCAUCAAAGACGGACCAACUUGCCUUUCCAGAAGUGACAUCUUGACCAUGGGACUUCAGAGAGAAAUGGACGCAAUGGUAGGAAUGGGUGCCUCAGGCUUGUCCGGGAGAUGGCAAAUAUGCAGGGAAGGGAUGUUUUUGUUGCAGAUCUACAUGUCACCCCAACAUGGCUCCCUCCCACCAACUGCGAUCCCCUGCUCCAUUUCCCAAAAGAUGCUGACCAGAAAGAUGCCCUCAUCAUCCCUCUGUGGAUUCCAGGGCAUUUUCUUCUGAAUAGGUGUUGCACAGCAGAUUGCUAUGGGAGCCUGGAUGGAGAAGACUGCUCUGGAUUUGGAGGGUGUUCCUAAGCAGACACAUGGAAAUGAUUAUGGUGUCUUCAUGAUAAUGGAUGACAUGUGUCUCCUGAGAAGAUGGUGGUGUAUUGUCCUAUUAGAAAACCUUGGGCUGGAAGGGUACGGAAGGAAGUCUGCCCAUUUUACAGAAGAAGGAAAGGCAACCCUUCGUGACAAUGUACCACCGGUAUUCAGGAUCACACGAAAAAGAAAACACGAAAGCAGCACCAUGAGUCCACAGGACACCGACCCUGCCACCGACCACAUUUACAGUAAGAGGCCUUACAGCAUUCCACCCAGAGAGCAGGUUAAUGACAAUAAUGACAGCAUGGACCAACAUGAUGUGGUCACCACAACCAGAGACGUUGGGAUCCUGAGUGAAGACGCAUCUUUCGACAGGCUUGUGGAAAGGGCUCAGCAAGCUGAACACCAUAGAAGAGUCACUAGUGACCUUCUUGUAACGUUCAUCACUCAGGAUAACAGCCUACUCCAACAUCUUGAAGUGGUCAUCGCAGGAAAACUUACAUCCUCCUGGGCAACAUCAAAGGGCAGGGUGAUAAUUUUCUUUGAGGAGGAUGAGCAGCUGGACAGAGUGCUGGGCUUCUUGACAAGCCUGGUUGAAGCACAGACAACCAGAUGUCACAAUCAAGUGGCAUUUGUUAUGGAUGUGCUUCUGCCAGAGGCAACAGUCCACGCCCUUUCAACUGUCCAUGCAUUUUCCAUUGACAGAGCCAUGGAAAUGUAUAAAUGUGGACUGCAGUAUGACUUGAGUGAGAAACGGCUGUUGGCUCAUUACAUGGAAAAAAAACAUGAGCAAGGAGGCACUACAGCAACUACAAAAAUAUGCUGAAAAACUCAGAAGAGCGCUGGACUCUGAGGAGUUUUUGAAGAGGCUGUAGUAUCUAUGUAUGUAGGAUGAAUAAAAAAAAAAGUCUAAAGUCUAGAAUCAUAAAUAUGUUGUGGAGGUGAGUGUGGUCGGGGCAAAGCUGCAGGAGAGAGAGAGGUGGAGAGCGCUCAGGAGAGCAGAGCCAGGUGAGUGAUUGACAGAGCUGACACCCACUUACUAAUCACUCACUCCCUUUAAAUGCAGUAGCGGCUGGACCUCAGAUGGCAGAGGCAUGAGAGAUGCACUGGAGAGCAGACUGAAAGCAGGGGAGCAGUACGGGAGCAGGAGAACAGGAGGAAAAGACGAGACGCACGAGCCGCGUUCAGCCCCAGGCUGCAUGAUUGUGUGGUGGGGUUAAAAAAAAUAAAAGAACCCUAAACUCCAGUACUGUGUGUGUGUGUUUGGCUCAUACGUUAAGAACUCACGGUAGCCUGGAAGAGGGUUACAUAUGUGAAAUGAGAAUGUUUUUUUUAUUGACAAUAAAAGUUGUUGCUGGCUGUUU